AUGCUGUUCAACCUCUGUGUCGGUGAUGACACCUGGGUUCGUGACCACAAUCAGAUUCGAUGUCGAAAAUGCAGUAAUCCAACCGGACCUAAAUCAGGCGCAUCACUUCCUCUCGACAUCCUGCUGGACACCUUUGCCAAUAGAGCGGAGCAAUCCUUCCCCGAACCGAAAGCUGCACCCCCUUCGGGCGUACCGCUUUCGGAACAAAUUCGUGAUUCUGCACAUCUUGACCGGAAAUCGCUAGACCAACCGCUUUCGCGGAAACACACAGCGUACACAGGUCAAUCCAUUUCAUAA